AUGGGACAAGGCCUCCCCAAGGCGGUGACCUCCAUAGUGUUGGAGAAAGAUGCCGGGCCUCUAUUCCAGGUGGGCGUUGCUGAGAUGAACGGGUGGAGGCCCACAAUGGAGGAUGCACACGUGUCUGUGAUGCAGGACACAUGGGGCUUCUUUGGUGUUUUCGAUGGCCACGGCGGGCAGCAGUGCUCUUCAUUUGUAGCGAAGCGGCUUACGGAGGAGCUCAGAUCGCAAUCCUUGCCUGCCGAUGAUGCAGCGGUCAAGUCGCUGAUGCUGCGAAUAGACCAAGAGUUCUUGGAUGCGAAACAGCCCAGCGGGUCAACCGGGACCUUUGCAUUUGUGGUACCAUCUGCCGAGCACAUUACGCUUAGAGUUGGCAAUAUUGGAGACAGUCGAGUCUUGCUGGGGAGGGCAGAUGGCUCCAUGGUAGAAGGUCCUGGCACUGACGGUGCGCUAACCACGGAUCAUAAGCCCGACAAUAAGGUGGAAGAGGAAAGGAUAGCGCGCACCGGCGGAACCGUGCAGACCAUCAUGGGCGUCGCACGAGUGAAUGGUGAUUUGGCUGUGAGCCGAGCCUUUGGCGAUGCGCAACACAAGCAGACUGGUGGCCCGGCACAGGAAGACCAUCCUGUUUCAGCUGAGCCGGAGUUCACAACCAUAACUUGCGACCCUUCUGACUUUCUCCUUCUGGUUUGCGAUGGAAUAUCCGAGGGCAGCUUUCCAAACAGAGAUGUCGUGCGGUUGGCAGCACAAGAGCUACAGUCCAAAGACCCGGAGCAGGCAGCUGCGGCUGUGUGCCGCAAAGCACUCGAGUCUGGCUCCAUGGACAACCUUUCGUGCAUGAUCGUGCUGCUGCGAGGAUGCGAACAGGCGGCAAAGAGCGCAAAGAAGGAGUUGUGGCCAGGACCGUUCAGUGAGCCGACUCAUGGCGCGUUUCGGAAGGCUUAUGCGGCGAUGGCAGCGAAGGCAGGGUUUUCCCUUGAAGCUGCGGUGGAGCGGAGAUACACCAUGGCUUCGCAACAGGCAAAGGAGUUAAGCUCGAAUGCCAGCCAGAAACAGCAGGAUGCAGCAAACGAGAAGGACAAAGAACCCAAGAGCCGGACAGAGUCUUUGGCCACGCUGCUCUGGACUACGCGGAACGGCUUGGAACAGGAUAGCCAGGAUCCCGCUCUCGCAGACUUACGCACUGAGCUGAUGCAGUUUGACACUGGCCCGCCUAGCGCGCUUGCUGAAGGCAGUGUGGAGCGAGUCCAAUGGUUCAAAGAGUGGCUUGAUGGCACAGACGUGGUUCCGGCCCUUGACCUUCAAAACAUGACGCGAGACGAGCUUUUGAACUUGGUCGAAGAGGAUCCUGAGCUGCUAGCAGUGGCUCGCGCACAGGGUCUUGUGGACGAGCGGGCCAUGCGAGUUGUCCGCGUGGUGUCCGCAGACGAGCUGCGCCCCGCGGUGGAGGCACAUCAGACCAUCAAUUGGGAUGAUCGUUUGCUGUCCAUCUGCGAGCAGCGGGGCAAGGUUCUCCAGGACGACCCCUCUGACAAAACUGCGCAGGUAAAGUUCCGGGGGAAGAUCUGUGCCAGCGUAUGGCUUCCAUGGGAAUGCUUGGUGGACGAGUGGAUGGAUUUGCAAGAAUCCGCCUUCCAACCGCGCGCUGUGCAGGUUGCGCCAAUAGACGUACUUCAGAAAGAGGUGGAGGACAAUUCUUGGAUCUCGUGGAAGGCUGAAAUGGCUGAGUUGGCAGGGCAGUUUGCCGUUGCGAUUGAGGAGGAGCCACAAUAUCAGCUGACAAAGGUCCAGUUCCCUCCCCCAAUCAGUCUUCGUCGAUAUCUGCCAACAUGCACUCUGCAAGACUCGGAUCGCUCCAUCGAGGAGUUGGGUGUGAUCAUAAGUGCGGAAGACUCGGAGUCGGAGGAUGAUGACGACGACAACGACGUAGGCUUUGAUGCAGAGGAUCAAGAUGAUCGGCCUGCAACUGGUGAGCUUCAGGUUGCCGCCGCCGAGGAGGCCGCGAGCCUUGCUGACGAUGGCAGCAGUCCUAAGAGGCAGAGAACGGCAUGA